CCUGUUUUUUAUUGGCAGGCAGUUCACUACGACCGGUUUCCAUACAUUUGGUUCAGGACAAGCAUGGCUGCCAUAGGAGUACACUUUGGAUACACAUGUGCCUGUGUGGCGAUUUUCAAGGAUGGGAGAGCUGAUGUUGUCGCAAAUGAUGCUGGGGACCGAGUCACGCCGGUAGUUGUCGCAUACAGAGACAAGGAACAGAUUGUUGGAAUAGCAGCGAAGCAGGGUCGAAUAAGGAAUGCAGCCAACACCGUGGUCAAAGUGAAACAGAUUCUUGGAAGAAGUUUUGAUGACCCAGAAGCACAGAAACACAUAGCUGAAAGCAAAUGCACGGUUAUCAACAAAGACAACAAGCCAAAGUAUGAAAUCGACACUGGAGAAGUGACCAAAAUCAUCUCGCCUGAUGAAGUGGCAAAAUUAGUCUUUCAUAAAAUUAAAGAAACUGCUCAGUCAGCUUUGGGCUCAGACAUUACAGAUGCUGUCAUCACUGUGCCUUUUGAAUUUGGAGAGAUUCAAAAGAAUGCACUGAGGCAAGCAGCUGAAGGAGCUGGUUUCAACGUGCUGAGAUUGAUUCACGAGCCAUCAGCUGCCCUGCUAGCCUAUGGCAUUGGCCAGGACACACCCACUGGAAAGAGUCAUGUGUUAGUGUACAAGCUUGGGGGAACAUCUCUCACAGUGACAGUAAUGGAGGUUAACAGUGGGCUGUAUCGAGUCUUGGCCACGCACACUGAUCACAGCACUGGGGGAGAGAGCUUCACUCAUGCACUGGCUCAGCAUCUUGCAUCUGAGUUUAAAAGGUCCUAUAAGCAUGAUGUCACAGGAAACCCCAGAGCCAUGAUGAAAUUGAUGAACAGUGCAGAUGUUGCCAAACACACGCUGUCCACUCUGGGCAGUUCUAACUGCUUUGUGGACUCGCUUUAUGAGGGGAUGGACUUUGACUGCAGUGUGUCCAGGGCAAGGUUUGAACUUCUGUGCGCUUCUCUCUUUAAUAAGAGCAUACAGCCGAUCAAAACGCUCCUGGAACAGGUCGGCCUUUCAAGCAGUGAUAUCAGUAAGGUGGUGCUAUGUGGAGGCUCUGCCCGGAUCCCCAAGCUGCAGCAGAUGAUCCAGGAUCUCUUCCCCGAUGUGGAGCUCCUCAGCUCCAUCACUCCUGAUGAGGUCAUCCCUGUGGGCGCGGCCAUCGAAGCGGGGAUCCUGUUGGGCAGGGACAGCUCCUCCCUCGACGAGGAUUCCAUCACCGUGGACUGCUGUGCCAGGGAUAUCCUGGUGAAGGAAGCGGAUGACUCUGGAGCUGACAUGUAUACAGUGCUGUUCCCGUCUGGAACCCCUCUCCCAGCCCGGCGGCAGCACACCCUGCAGGGCCCAGGAAGCCUGUCCUCCAUCUGCCUGGAGCUGUACCAGUCACAGGGCCUCAACCUCACCCCCCAGGAGAAACUGGCACAGAUUGUCCUCAAUAACCUUGAACCAAAAGAAGAGAACCAUGACAUUGUUACAGUUGUUACAAUGAAAAGGGAUGGAUCCUUACAUGUCACUUGUACGGAACAAGGAAGUGGCAAGUCUGAAGCAGUCACUGUAGCAGUUGCAUCUUGAACCGUGACUGGAUUAAUAGGGACAUUUCACUGACUCAAGCUACUCCUAGCCUGCAAGCAUGUUUUGUAUGUUCAUUUGAGUAAUACAUAUUCCCAAAAACAAAAUUCAACAUUAAAUUGUCUUUUGUAAUAUUUAGGUGUUUAAUAACAAGGUUGGGAUUGUACUCUGAUUUACUCAGUUCCAGAUGUCAACAUUGAAAUUGGCAUUCAAAAUUAAAUAUUUAAACACAUGAAUGAAUGUAA